AUGAGAAUCCGCAAUCAGGAUAAAGUGGAGUGGACCAAUCUAAUGAGAGAUUCAUUCGUCUUUUGGGACAUGUAUGAAUUGCACAACAAAUCCGUUGCCAUCAAGAAUUUGGAUGAGUAAAGGCUAUUGAAACAAUAAUAAGAAUAACAUAUCAUUUAAUUUAAGUAGAUCAAAGCUUAGAAUCUCUGUGGCAAUGGUAUGGAUUUAAUUAAGAAAUAUAUAUAGCAUGGCAUAUACUAUUAGAUAUAAAUAAAUGAUAAGGUGAUGGAUUUUAAUGAAUCCAUCAAAAUUACAAGUAAUACCUUACUCAUUGUCUUGUAUGACGAUUUUGAGAAGCAAAUAUUCAUUAUUCUGAAUAAAUUGGAGUCCAUUGAGGAAGAAUUCUAGGAGCCCACCAAUAUCAUUAUCAUCACCUAAUUAGAAAAGCUCAACAAUAUUUCAAAAUUACAAAUUUAAUUCUGUCAUUUCAAUCAGGUUUGGAAUUAAAACACUGGGUUGUCAUUUAAAUCAGACAUUGUUGAAAAAUAUUUCAAUUUUUAUGCUGAUAAGUAUGGUUAUCUGAUGGCAAUUCAAUCAAAUGAUGAAUUUAUUGAAAGGCUAUGGAUAAAAAAUCAGAAAGAAAUCAUAGUAGAUUGGUUCAUUCAGCAAUUUGGAAUGACUCAAAAGAAUAAUGAUUCGGAAUGGAAAUAAAUUAAACAAGAAUGUUGUUAAUUUAAUUAGAAAUAUGAAGAAAUCGUGAGUAGUUAUGAAAUACCAUAAUCGAUGGUAAUAACAAUAAAAUCGAUUAAAUACUUACUAUGGGACAGUCACAAUUAUAGUUUCUUGGAAUAGUCAAAUUGUCCAACUAUUACUCAAAACCUAAACGUAAAGUGA